AUCAUUUCCAAUAUCCCAGUGUAGGAGAACCAGCAGAGGCAGAGAACUAAUGGGAACCAUGGGAAUACCACUACCCAACUGCGUUGUUUGGGAACCAAUAUGUUAAACAUACUCUACUCGUCUGACUGAGGGACUGUAUCCCGGGCGGCAAAAGACGAAUAAAAGACUUUCCUGUGAAAGCACAGCGACUCCUGAUCCCGACUUUUUCAGCCAGCAUCUUCCCGAGUCGGAUGGCUCUGAAUGACAAGAUGCAGUAAUGGAGGUCCAUGCACUGUUCAGCACUGUAGCCAUGAAGCAGUUGAAAGGGUAGGGUCUGCUGUGAGCUCGCCUCACCCUACCCGACCACCCACCUACCACCCCAUCAGCUCCACCUGAGAGCUUACGUUGAAGCAUACCCAUCUCCGUAACCCUCCCACCACCUCCACCACCACGGCUUUGGAAGACGAACAUGACGUGCAUUGCGAAGACACUGGUUGAUGUCUGAUAUAUAUACCUCUGAGGUGUUGAGCGUAAAACCAGUGGAGCAAUGAAUGGCGGAAAGGACUGUGAGGCGGGAGAUGAGAGGCAGGCCGUCCCUGUCCAAGUCCCCAUUGGCUGGCAGCGGAAGGCGGAGCACAGCGGAGGGGUCAUAUACAUAAGUCCCAGUGGCUCGGUGCUGUCCAGCUUGGAGCAGGUGAAGACCUACCUGCUGACAGAUGGAACCUGCAAAUGCGGCCUGGAGUGCCCACUCAUCCUCCACAAGGUGUUCAACUUCGACCCAGGGGCAGCUGUCAAGCAGAGGACAGCGGAGGAUGUGAAAGCAGAUGAAGAUGUCACCAAACUCUGCAUUCACAAGAGGAAGCUUCUGGCUGUGGCCACGCUGCACAAGAGCAUGGGGACACACCCACCUCUGAAGCUGACCAGUCCAGGGGGAGGUACAUCAUCUGUAGGAGCCACGCAUUCCACGUCACAUCGAGCAAUAAGGACUAAACCCCACGAUGGCCUGCCCAAUGCUGUUGGCCCAGACUGCAAGAAUCCUUUCAAGAUGAUGAUGGCAGCUGGACAGCAGCAGCAGAGGCUGUAUCCACCCCAGGAGAUGGGUGGACCCCAGCAGCCCGAGCUCUACUCUGGGUAUCGGAGGUCGCAGAGGCUGGGCAGCGGGGAGCCAGGACCCAAAUCCCCGUACCGGGUCGGGUAUGGAGGCAUGCUGAGCCCACCUCCCUCCAGUGCUAAGCUGUAUGGAGAUGGCUCACAGUCUCCCAGUGCAGAAACACUAGGCAGCCCUGAUGGCUUUUCAAGGACCAAUCCUUGUGGGUUUCCAGGAGCCGGCAGUCCUGGUUCAGCCUCCAUCCACGGGAACACUAGGACGCCUCUUUCUCCACCCAAUGUAAUGCUCCAUGGCUCCCCUGCGGGCCAGCCAUCCUGCGCCAUGACAGGGAGGACUAGCACGCCCCUCUCCCCUACGGCCACUGCCAAAAGCCCUGUCAUGAACAUAAAUAUGCCUCGGGGGAACUUCCCCCCUGGUAUGGAUAUGCCCCGUGCAGCGUUUCACCAUAAAACACAGCCCCCUGUGCAUCCCGUACCGCCUCCUCCAUCCAUACCGCCAUCCUGUGCCCUUCAGAAAAGGCAGAUGACCUCCGAAAAAGACCCAUUAGGCAUCUUGGACCCUAUCCCCAGCAAGUUAGUCAGCCAGCCCCCUACCAACGCUCCAAACUCCUCCAACUUCCAGCCUAACAUCCACUCUCAGGUACAAAUGAUGAAUGUAAACAUACCCCCUCCCGCCAUUGUUCCCUUGCCAAGCAACUUACCUUUACCCACAGUCAAGCCUGGGCCUGUCGGGCAUGGCGGCCAUGUUCAAAGGACUCAACAGGGUGGACCGGCUUCCUCCAUGUCCCCCUCCCCUGUCACUUCCCCUGUCCACAUGACAGGGCCUGUUCUUGGGAGAAUGGAGGCCUCCCCUCAUCGCUCACGCUCAUCCUCCACCUCAUCUGACCAUGGCAACUUUGCAAUGCCCUCGGGGCACCAGGGCCCAUGUGGCAACAUGAAGGUCCCUCCUCGUUCCCCCAGGUCUGCCAUGGGCUCUCCCAGGCCAGCCAUGCCCUCCAGCCCCUCCACCAACAAAACUGACCCGCACCACCAGUACAAAGAGUCCCAGAUGCUGCCUGGGAUGGGAAACUCAAUUGGCGCCCAGCAGCACAACAACCCCAUGUACUCGCCCACCUCUUCCUCUUCAUCAGCCUCUUCUCUGGCAACCCCCAGCGCUUCCCAGAAGGGCCACCCAGGACUCCUAGGGAUGCCCCUCAACCAGAUCCUCAACCAACAGAAUGCCGCUUCCUUCCCCGCCAGCAGUCUCUUGUCAGCCGCAGCCAAAGCACAGCUAGCAAAUCAAAACAAACUCAGCGCUGCUGGCAACAGCCCUGCUGGCAUGGCUGGUGGUGGCGGAGGUGUUGGUAUGGCAGGCAUGGGGGCUGGUGGUGGAGGUAACGGAGGUGGUGGCGGACACCCUGGCUCUAUUAGCGGCCCUCGAGGCAUGGAGGGACACAGCACUUUAAACUCAAUGCUCCCGCCAAACUCCACCAUGCUGCUCAACACUCCGGAGGGCCAGAGUGGGAGGGCGGCUCUUAGAGACAAACUCAUGGCCCAGCAGAGGGACCCCAUGCGCAAACGGAAGCAGUCAGCGGGCAGCGCUGCUGUAAACCACGAAAACGCUAACAACAUGGCCUACAACAUGCUUAACAAACGAGGCAUGGGUGGACCCCACAUGGCAGGGCCCAGCGCCACUGAGCAGCUGCGAAAAGUGGGCCGACUUGGAAACCUUCCCCCAAACACUUCCAUGGCUCAGCUCCUCCAGUCCAUGAGUUGCCAGAGCUCCCACAACCUGGCUGGGAACAGCCAUUGUCCAGGUCUGAGCCCCGGCCCGGGGUCUCAAGGAUCUGCACAGCUGCACUACAACGACAGCACAGGUAUGGCCCCUGGUGGUCCUCAGCAGAACCUCCUAGCUCAGCAGAGGCUGCGGGGUCCAGGAGAUGCCAUGCAGCACUGCCAGAACAUGGACACCUCUGGAGGCCAUCUGGGCUCUCGUCCAGGCCAGUUUCCUGACAUGAUAGCCCAGAUGCAAGCCUCCUCCAUGAGUAACUGUGGGCCUAUGGGGCCAGGGGGUGGACCAGUGGGCCCUGAUGGCAUCCCGCUGGGACGCCCUAACACUAACCCCCCACCGCUGUCCCAUCCGGGGCCUCACCCCUCACAGCAGAACCUCCUUCACGGCAUGGGGCGGACUACCAUGGUGGUGAUGCCACAUGGAGGUGGUGAUGGAGGCUGUACACAGACCAUCUCUGAUACAGGAAACCCCUCGUCCCUUGGCUGCGUUAUGGGCGGCUUACAGCAACACGUCAACACCGGCGGAGGUCAGAUGUACCAACAGCAGGUCCUCCAGGGCAUGCAGCAGGGGGUGGCCUCCCACCCAGCCUACCAGGGACAGCAGCACUUCUCUGACAACCCACCUUACACAGACGGAAGCAACACCAACGCCGGCUCCAUGGCCUGCCUCUACCAGAACUACCAGCCGGGGAUGUUGCACCCACAGUUCAGGGAGGGGCAACAGCCCCAGGGCGAGGGGCAUCCAGCGGGUACUGUUGGUGGCGACAGGGGCCCCGGUGGAGGCCCAGAGUCGGUGGACGCCAUCUACAGAGCCGUGGUGGACGCCGCCAGCAAGGGCAUGCAUGUUACCAUAACCACCACAGUGAGCGGGACCACGCAGGCGAGUCCGGUGCCUGCGCUCAGUGCCAUGAGUGCCUUCACUGCCUCGAUAGGGGAGCCAGUCAACCUCCCCCAGGCAGUCAGCACAGUCCUGAACAGGCACCAGGAAGGGGAGGCUUUACCCCAGCAAGCCAGGCCGAGGCAGGUGAGGCCAGGACGGGGUCAGAAGAACAUGGAUCCAGGGAAGAGCACCCCAGAUAUCCCCGAGGCCAACGACUACUUCCGUUCUCCUGGCCGCGGGACUCCCAGGGGGCAGUGGGAUGGGGACACGCAGCACGGGGGAGGCUUCGAUGGUCACAGCAACAACAGCGCCUGGGGCAGUGAGGAGUUUCUGGAGUGCUCUACCCAAGUGAGGAGUAGUCCCUGUAUGGAGCGACCCGCCAGCCUGGCACCUGCCCCACCCUGCCCCACUGAGGGGUCCAACGACCACGUCCUGGUCAUGGCUCACGAUAAAGCCUUCCUUGAUGACGGCUACCGCUUCAAUAACUGCAACCGGACACCUGCUAACUACAAGGAGCGUCUCGAGCAGACGGUGGAACGAUGCGUUCACAUCAACGGCACCACCCCCCACUUCAACUCCCGGAGUUACGGAGAGGUCCUCGGCCCCCCGCGGCAGGAGCUGACGGGGGACGACCAGUCGCCCAGCUCCUCCACGAGUCUGGAGGGACCUCUGGCCACAGCCAAAGACUACAGCCACUACAAUGGCCACUUCAACGGUAUGGCGCCCAGCCCCUCGGACACAAAGAGCCUAAGCAGCGAGGAGGACCUGCGGCAGCCCGACUCUCCCUCCUCGGAGCUGCUUCACUAUCGGUCCAGGACCUUCAACAUGGGAGAGCUGGUGUGGGGCCAGCUCAAGGGCUUCCCGCCUUGGCCUGCCAAGCUGGCCGGGGACGAACAAGUACACAGCGCUGCUAUGCAGCUGCGGGAGCAGGCCAAGGUAGAGCCAGAGAAGCUAAAAACACUAACUCACGACUUGGAGGCACUUGACCGAGCCACCAAAAGAGGCCUGAAACCGGGGAAACUGAAUAAUCACUUGGAAGCUGCUAUCCACGAGGCCAUGAGUGAGCUGGAUAAGAUGUCGGGCACAAUCCCGUCGAGAGAUCGUCAGGUGAAGCUCCCCAAGCCUAAGAGGAGGAAGAUAUCCAGAUAACAUUGAAUGUGUCGGCCCAAGAACGUCCUCAAAGCCUUCGGAGACUUCGUCCGUUCAGCCUUGAUGCGAUCUGAGCUCUCUAACAGGUGCUACACAUGGACUUUCAGUGGUACAUCCUUGUUCCAUGAUAUCGACUUGACUCAAUGACUGACCACAGAAGGUGCUGGAAAUUUCCAAUCACCAAUACAGUUUUAACUGUAGAGAAAAAAAAGAAAAAAUAGAGGAAAACAUCGGUUGCAAUUUGUCUACAGCUCACUGAAUUAACUAUUUUUUUCUAGUAUAAGAUAGUAAAACAAACAAAAAAAAAAGCUACAAGCAUUACCUUACAUAUUUAAGAAAAAUAGACAGUCCAAAUAUUUCUGAUACAUUUUCAAUAUGUAUAUAGAUAAUCCUGAAAUUUCAUGCUAUUAAGAAUUGUAUGUAAAUAUUGUACAAUGUCAUGUACAAGCAUACCUAAUGCACAUUUUAUCUUUUAUUGUACAAAAACAAAGCAGAAGUGUACCAAUGUCUUGGUUUCUAUUCAGAAAUGCGGUUGCAUACGGCCGCAUGCAUAGGAUAAAUAAGAAUACAGCCUAAAGCUUUUAUAUGAUGACUGUAAGACGUGCUGUUUUGUUUUGUUUUGUUUUUUUGUAAGGGAACAGCAGUGGAACAGGCAUGAGUAUAUGAGUUCUCCAUUACAAAAGUCACACCAGUUAAGUGUUCAUUUGUAUUGGGGGGGAAAAAUUAUUAUUUUUUUAAACAGAAUGAACUUUACCAGCAGAAAGUGUUCAAUGAGCAGGGUGAGAAAUGACGACCGGCCGGACGAAUGUUGGUAAAUCUUCAUCUGCUCCUCCACUCACUUUGACAGGACAGUCAGGAUAUUUGGAUGAUAAAUGUCUGGUUGGCAGGUGAUUUCUGUUUGUUUUUUUGUUUUCAUUGGCAAAUCCUGCCAUUUUUUAAGAAGGAAAAAUCCACCCUCAGGCAUUUUUUUUUUGUGCAUUUCAGGAGUUUUGCAAAAACCUUUUGAUUUUCAUUUAAUUGUUUGUAAUUUUCAGAAAAAAACAUCAUUUUGGGCAUUUCUGUUCGGAGAUCAUUCGCACUGCCAAGGAGGUCAUGUUUCGGAUUGUUUGUGUGUUUGUCAGCAGGAUUACUGAAAAACUACAGAAUUUAAUGAAACAGGGUAUUGCAUAUACUGUAUGAAUUAUUGUUACGGUUAACAGUAUUAUCACGGUUUUGUUACCUUUUGCAGCACCUUUCUGCAUGUUCUGCAGACAAAGUGACAAAACAAAACAAAAUAUGACCCACAAGUCUAUGGAGUGCUGCCCUCCAUGUUUUUUUAUUGAUGUGAAACAAACCCAUCUGGGAAACUGUUGCUAACUUUGGUUGAUGCUGUGCAGUUUUGACUGUAACUUUUUCGAAUAAUAAUGAUUAAAAAAAUCUGAAAAAUUAGUUCCUAACUUUAAAAAAAAAUUUACGACAAUGCCCCCUCAAGUUAGAACAAUAACUCUGGGAACAACUAUACAAUACAUCUUUGUCCAUGUUGUGUUCACUUUACGACUUAAAGCUUAAAGCUAUGUCAUGCACCAUGACAUAGGUGGACGUUUGUGUUCUCCAAGUGUCAUUCAAAAUUAAAUAUCUUUCUGAUUUGGCUUUUGGGUGGAAUGAAAAGAUAAAAUUAAGAAAAAAAAGUUGCUCUGGGGACUGGGAUGUUGUGAGGGUAUCUGUUCAGAUUUUUACAGCAUUUCAUAGACUAAAGGAUUAAACAAACUAAGAAUCUGCAGGUUAAUUGAUAAGGAAAACAAGAAGGAGAGUGCAGAAAGAGAAGAGGAGAAGGUACUCAGUAGGUUUUCCAUAAUCCAGCUGACAAACAGACAAACAAACCACACCGAAAACCAUCUUUGGUGGAUGUUAUAAUCAGUUUUUGCAGCCCUACUUGAUGGCUACUUGACGAGCUAGUUUGUAGCUGUUACCAUCAGUACGUUAACAUGCACUGAGGUCACCUGGUAAGCAACACGAAGUCACCACUAAAAGUGUUUUGGGUGGAUUUUUCCUUCACCUACAUUCAAGAAUCACGCUGAAUUGAAGACUCAUGUCAUUUGGUUGUUGUGAUUAUGUUCUCGUGCUCGUUUGUACAGUGAUUUCUCCAUGACUGUAGUCGUUCUUUGCCACAACUAUAGCUUUAGUUAGAGUAACCAACCUCAGAGGCAGAGUCUAGAUUAUCAAACGGAAACACUAACUCGGUUUUCAUGAGCAGCAUUUCUCGCAUUUAGGGGCCUUGUGUUUUAUUUGUUUUGCUUAUUGAUGUAAAUUAUUUAUGUACAGUACUCCAUAUUUAUUUUAAGCUUUACAAAUAUGCUAGAUGGCAAUAAUACUACCAAGAGUUGAGAACUCAAGCCUUAUAUGUGUAUAUGUAUGUUUUUUUUUUUUUAACAGUGAAUAGAUUGAGUAUUCAGAGUCCAUUACAAAGGUCAUGUUCCCUUUUUAUUUAAGAAGUGAGCAUUUUAGAUAACGCUUUUUUUUUUACAGUGAGGCUUUCUGAUCGUUUUUUGUUACAGAUUGUGUCACAAAUUUCUUAGUUAAAGGAAGGAAAUGUAAUAACGUCUGCCUCCGAGACCAUAAUAUUUAUGAAUAUGCACAUCUGAAAAGGCAGACGGCGAUAAAUGCAGUUUUAACACUACUACGGAGUAAAAUCAUCACUUGAUCGGUCAAAAUCGACAGUAUUGGAAACUCAAUGUACACACACAGCUGCUCCUCGAGAUCAAAACGACAAACCUGAAAUCACUACAGAAUUAUCAAGUGCAAUAUACCAAUCGAUGGCAAAGAUCAACAGCUUAGAAACACUGCAUCUCUGAUUGUUUGAAUCCUUUUCUUUCACCUUCAACAUGUCCCCUCUUGACGUGCACAAGCUCAAAACCUCUUGGUUACAAUAUCCAUCUUUUUUCAAAGAAAACCUAACCUGAGAGCCAUUGAUUAGUAAUUUAUUUGUAGCUUUUACAUGAACACACAACUGUUACUCCAAGGCCUAAAUUUCAUUGUGAUGCACACAUUAAAAACUUGAACUUGUUGCAAGAAACUCAGCUAUUACAAAUGUUUGAUUCUAACCUUAAAACCAAAUAAUACACUACUUUGUCAAGAGAUUAUUUGCUUUCUCACUCAGUAAAACAUAUUAACACUAAUAUUAAAAACAUAUCUGCAACUUUUGAAUGUGCUCACAAGUUUUACAACUGCAGGAAACUGUAGUUUGUCAGCCAGGAAUCACACUUAUAAACGUCAAAGUAUAUCCAAACUUUAAAUUACAGCCAAGUAAACAAUUUCCACAUUUCUUAUUUUGUUCAUGUGUGAACACAUUUACGAACAUUAAUUAAGCAUAAGUUGUACUGUAUUUUCUAAUGAGAUCGAUAGCUUAUCUCAAAACAUUUUUUGCCUUUUUUGUUUGUGCACACUGAAGAACGCAAGGACAUUUCUGAAGCAGCAGGUCAUGUGGGUGCAUUAUUAUGUCCAACCUGUUUGAGGACACAAUUUCCAAAAGAUGUGAAGUUUAUGGCAACACAGGUGAUAUUAUGAAAGCCCAUUAAUGCCAGUAAAAGACACAACUAUGGUGACAAAAACAGAUCCUGUAAGUCAUUAUAAUGAGCAA